AUGGGGGUAAGUGAUUAAUGACAAAAUUUUCAUUUUGGGGUGGAGUAUCCCUUUAACAUUCUGCUGACAGAAUUAAGCACAUUGCUAACCGAAAUUGGCAUUCUGCUACCAUGGUUUAACACUUUGGUAAUACAUUUUAAUCCAUUGCUAGUGUUUUAACAUGUAUCAUUUUCUAGGGCUGGGACGAUAUAUCCAUGCAGAAGCGAUUCUUGGAUCAAUUCUGAGAUUUUCAGAAUGCAUCGCGAUUCCUCUGGAAUCGAUUCUGAGCUUAGAUUUUAACAGCAGAUGGCACUCUACUCUAGUUUUUAUCCUCACACUCAAAUGCUCAUGAAGAAGAGUGCUGAAGAGUGCUGCGUUCGGCUGAGUCUGUAAUUUCAACUUGGCUCAGAAUGCUUUUAUGACGCGAGAUUAAUGUAAACACAGCCCACUGUGAACGCCCUUGUAAUUCGCUUCAACCUUUUCGAAUUUUAUGAAUGAUUAUUUUAGGUUCAAGUGUGUGUAAGGAUUUGGAAACAAGCAGAGUACGGCUGUUUCUAAAGCAUGCAGAGCCAUCUACUGUUCAAAACUAAGCUCAGAAUCGGCCUCGAGAAAGAAUCGGGAUGCAUUCGGAAAAUCUCAGAAUCGAUGCUGAAUCGUUUCUCGAUUCGCGAUGCAUCGACUUAUUUUCUCAGCCCUAAUAUUUUUCUUACAAAAACACAUCGAUUUGCUACAGGAGGCCUUUAUUCACCCCCGGAGCCGUGUGAUGCACGUUUUAUUAUGGAUGGAUGCGCUUUAUUUGACUACUUUUGGACUGUUGAACAAAAACACCCGUCCAUGCCAUUAUAAACCAAGGAAAAUUUAUAAUAUAACUCUGAUUGGAUUCGUCUGAAAGAAGAAAGUCAUAUACACCCAGGAUGCCUUGAGGGUGAGUAAAACAUGGACUAAUUUUCAUUUUUGGAUGAACUAACCCUUUAAUUUAGUAUCAGAUUUGGCACAUCAAAUAUGCUAAAUCCUGAAGGUCACACAUUUGAGCUUCCCUGUUUAUUAAUUAUUAUUAAUAAAUGUAAAAGAAAAAUAUUAUUUAAUAAAAUACAAUAUUUAAAACAUUUUAAAUUCAUGUAGUCACGGUUUCUGUAUUUUUAGCUAAGCUAAUUAUGAAUAUCCCCAAGUUCACCCCCAAUGUAAUAACAAAUUCAGCAUUUUAAAUGCACAAUACUUGACAAUUUAUCAUUUGUGUUAAAAGUAAUAAUUAAAAAACAUGCCAUUUUACAGUAACUAUUUUGGAGUAUCACAUCAUGAGAUCAGUAUUGUGUAAUUACUGAUUACCCUAAUUUAUUUGAUUUAAUUUCAGCUUUAUUUCAAUUACUGAAAAUGAUUUGUAAUAGUUUUAGUAAAUAAUAUUCAACACUGGCCUUUGCUGGUUUAAGAUGGUCUUAACUGGUUUAACCUGGCAGGUCUUUGGCUAGUCUAGCUGAUCUCCAAACCUGACCAGCCCAAAACCGCUUUAAAACCAGCAAACAGACCGCCUGUGAGACCAGAAAGCAUCUUAGACCUGCUUAAACCUGCUUUUCAGGUUCAGAUUUAUAAAGAUUCACAGGCACAGCGGUUCAAUCAUCGAGAUUUAUUAACAAAACUUUAUUUUUGGUUUUCGCCUAAAUUAUAACUAAUUUCAAAUUCUGUGUUUCUGUAAAUAUCUCAUUUUGAAUCAUCCCUAGAGUGAUAUUCUGGUCUAGUUACGACUCGGUUCCUACUUUAGUGGAAGUCUAGAUAAUUUUUCACCCAUUUUAUCAUCUGUCAGGUGAAUAUGGUAAGUGUGAUUGCUUAGGAAAGCAACAGCAUUCCUCUCAUCAGCAAGCGAUGUGAUUUAUCAUUGAAAAUCUACAGGCAGGGCUGAAAGCAAGAACUAGACAUCAGGUCUGGGAUCUGCCAAGACUUUAGAGCCGCAUACAUACACCCUGUCACCAUGAGCGGCCAAUAUGAAACCCUAUAGUCCCUCUGGAUGCUCAGGAUAAACUUACUGACACUAUCAGCUCUGCGUUUUACUGACACUGACAUACAUCCAAUAGCUAGGAUUGGAAAUUAAAAUGAUUUGCCUAAUCAUUGUGAUCUGAGAGUUAGAGUAAUUUAAAAUCACAUAUUGCUAAACAUUAUGUUAUGGCACCAGUAAAUGGUCUCAACAGAAUACGAAGUAUCAAUUUUCCCUGAGCCGCAACCCUAUAACAGAAGCAGGCCUAAGUGAUUUCCAGUCCGGUUCAGACAGUAAAAGGAAUCUCACAUGGGAGACGAAGGAAUCGAACACUGAGGAACCAUAACAGAUCCAGGCUGAGCGAGCGACUGACAUCAUCCCCCAAAAUAACCAGCACUGGCCAGAUCAUUACAUCUGUCUAGCCUAAAUGUGCUGCCCUACACUGCACACACUUUAAGACAUUACUGCACGGUAUGGAGAAAAAUGACAUAAAAUACCAACAAAAAUAGGAACACAUCCAUAUGAACACAUUCAUCUCAAACUCAGUGAAUUAAAUAAUUCAUGAUGCAACAAUAUUUCUCAAAUAAAUAUAAUUAUGUGUUCAUUUGCUGGUGUUUGCAUUUGCAAAUACAUUCUUCCUACCUUCUGGGGAAAAAAACAACAACAGCAUAAACCAGCACAAGCUGGUUUUCUGGUCUUAGCCAGUGUUAUUUUAGUAUUGUUCAUGUACUAUUAUAGUAUUCAAUAAUAUUUUAGCAUUUAUUUUUAAUUCAUAUUUUAGUUAUUUUGCUAGGUGACUGUCAUUUUUAUUUUAUUGUUUAAGUCAUUUUAAUUUGUUUUUUUCUAAUUAGCUUUAUUUUAAUUUAGCACUUUAACCUAAACUUUUUCUUAAAUUAUUAUUUUAGUUUGUUGCGUAAUUUUCAUUUAUAUUUCAUUUCAUUUUCAUUUUAAUAUUUUUUUAAUAUUUUUAUUUUAUUUCAGAUUUUUCUUUCUUCAAUUAAGAAUAAAUAAAUAAAAAAGUUUCAGUUUCAGUUUUAGUUUUAGAUAACACUAUCCAAGUGGUUAAGGUGGUCUUAACUGGUUUAACCUGGUAAGUCUUUAGCUAGUCUUUCUCAAACUAACCAGCCCAAAACCGCAUUAAAACCAGCCAACAGACCUGACUAAGAGAUCAGCAGACCAGGAAACAUCUUAGACCUGCUUAAACCUGUUUUUCAGCAGGUUCUGGUUCAUAUUUAAGAUGCACAGUCACAGACACAUAAGCAUAACAAUUACAGUUGCAUAAUGUCAAUUUAGUGUACCCUUCACAACGAAAAGAGCCUGUAAAUACAGAUUAAUCGACUAUUAAUUGACAAAAUUGAAUCGCAUAAUAUUACCUACCUAAUCACAGCAUCUUAAAUAACAGUAAACAGUUUAUAUGGCUUCAGAAGAACAUACUUUCAUUUAGUAUUAAAAUCCACAACACUCGCUACAGUAUAAAAAUCUACUACAGGUGCAAUAAAAUAUCAAACUUUUGUACUUAAACGACCUUAACUUGAUUGACCCCCGUUAAAACAGAUUAUUAAACUUCCGCACUGCUCUUCAUCGUCCAGAAAUUAUGAAUCCUACUAUGCCGAGGCAUCUUAAUAUUCAUAAGCGGAGCCUUUGCUAUUGGCGCGCUACCAAGCGACGUCAGCGGAAACUAAUUGGUAUUCAGCAAACGGUCCUUCGCCAUUGGAGCAAACUCGGGAUGGACUACUUAAUAUUCAUGAGCUCGUCUUUGUCAUAGUAGGAAUUUGCAAUUGUUCGUCCGGUACUAUGGGGCGUCACCCGAGUUUAUACAGAGAGGCUCAUAACUGUCACAUGGAUGCCACCAAAACUUAACAAAUUAGACAACAGACAACAUGUUUACAUUCAGCGUCAGACGAGAAAUCUUUUCAGGUAAAGACAAGCUGGCGGGAAAAGAAGCAACGGAAGUAGAUCCCGUUGCUAAGCAAACUUAUCCUCUCGCUGUCGCCAGUUAGGAAGAACAUAAAUGCUACACUGAAUAUCACGUUAAUUAGACUCAGAAGCGUUAACAUUUAUUCAGGGCAGAUGCGAUAAAGGUUCAGAUGUCGAGUGAAUCGUCGAUAAAGAAGAGACCAGGCUCAGCUCUGUCCAUCGUGACUGAGUUCAGUGGAUCUGGUUUAUUAAACCCCAAACCUGCUGCUGAUCCUGAAGAAGAUCUGCUCGAUCAGAGUCUCUCUCCUCACAAACUGAAAAUCAUUUCUGGAUCAGACGAUUUACACGAAGUGACUUCACUGGAGAUGUGUGUUGACACGCGACAGGAAACUCUGGACAACUUCGGAACCUACUUGCCCAAACUUACACAGCUGAAAAUGAACAACAGUUUGAUCUCAUCUGUGCGGGAUCUGGGAACCGGUCUUUCCCACCUGCAGGUCUUAUGUCUGGCUCGAUGUGGUCUGACCGACCUGGAGGGGAUUUCUGCUCUUUCCUCCUUAAAGGAGCUGUAUGUGGCCUUCAACAGCAUCUCAGACCUGAGUCCAGUCAGUUUUCUGGAGGAUCUGGAGCUGCUUGAUCUGGAGGAGAACGAGGUUGAAGAUCUGGCUCAGUUGUGGUAUUUGGGCUGUUGUGUGAAGCUCAGGACACUUUCACUGGAAGGAAACCCUGUGUGCACCCGUCCCGCUCCAGGAGCCCCUGAGGUCUCAGGCUACAGCUUCCGGUCUGCGGUGCGUGAGCUGAUCCCUCAGCUGAUCUUCCUCGAUGACGUUCCUGCUGAAGAGGACAAACCUCAACGCUGCAGAGCUUCACUGCAGGACUGGACUCUGCUCAGGGACUCUGCUCAGAGACUCCAUCAGAGACGCUUCGGUAGUGACGGCCUGGAGCUCGCAGAAGAGAGCUCUGUCAGACCUGCUUCAGCCCGGCCCACGAGUCUCUCCAGCCGUCCAGACAGCGCCAGACCUCUCUCCUCCGGCUCCGACAUCUCCGUCCUGAACCACGAGGCCAGUGAUCUGACCAACGGUGUUGGUCGAGUUCUCUGUGGGAAUCCACUGCAGGCUGCUCGAGCACGAAGACAGAAAAUACAGCUCCAGAACUCUGGAUCUCAAACCCGUCCCAGCACUCGACUCAGUUUCGUUCCUGAACACACGCGUGAGUGCGAAGAGACGAGCCACAGGAACCACAGAGAUGUUCUUGAUGAACUCAGAAACUGGAGGAUUGAGCACAACAAACGUCUGUUGGUUAUGGAGAAGGAGCGGCAGCCGCAGGUGAUGAGGAUCCGCCACAGCGAUGAAGAUGAAGAUGAAGGUGAUGAUGAUGAUGAAGGCAGUCAUAGUUUCAGCAGUGAUGACAUCACUAGAGACACGAGCUCUCCUGAUUGGUCGGUUCAGUCUCCCUCAGCAGAAUCUGCAGAGAUGCUGAGACUCAGCUCUUCCUCGGGCUGCUCCAUGUCUCCGUCUCCUCCACCCAGAGCAGCAGCAGCGCCCCCUGCGGGCCGGAGGAUCACACAGAUCCGCCGCCGGAGACUCAGAGCUCAUCAUCCAGACAGCAGUAAAGAGUUAAUCAUGACUCCUCACAGACCCUCCUCCGGUCCUGCGGCCUCCGCUCUUAGAGCGCACUGGUCAGAAGCUGCUGGGAAUCAUCGACACUCAGACAUCCAACAUAAACCAGUAAUACACUCUGAAAAACUGACACCCAGACGUUCACAAACAGCCAGAGACUCCCAGACCGGAAACACCCGCUUGAAGUGAUGCAUUGUGGGUCAGAUUAGAUCAGGUCUGCACACUUUCAGAAGGUGCAGACCUGAUCUAAAGUUGUUACUGAGUCACUAGAGGGCGCCGUCUGCAUCAUGAUACCUGCUGCUUGUCUCUGCUGUAUUUCAGAAGUAUUCCAGCUUUGAUUGACAGGAGAGUCUCAGUCGUGUUCGUGCUCAGAUGUCAUGUGAUCACUGAUGCAGACUGGAUCUCCAGCAGCGCAGCGGAUCGUGAACAUGUCUGCUCCUGCAGGUUCAGUGUUUGCAGACGCAGGUGCAGGACUGUUAUUCCACGCGUCUCUGGAAGUCGUUCUGACAAACACCGCAGCAUUUAUCUCCACAGGCUCCCAGUCUUUAUCCAUUUUGGACAGAAUUUUGUAAGAUUUUUUUUUGUGCACAUCCAGAUUUAUGUUGUUAAUAUUUGGAAAAUGGAGGAUGGAAAAUUGUUAAUAAAGGCAAAUAGCGAAUGAAAAAAUUGAAUAUAUGGAAUAUCCUAUAUUAUAAUAAAGAACAAAUGUACACUACCAUUUAAAAGUUUGUGGCCAGUAAGAUUGAAAAAAAAAAGAUACAUUUUUAUUUUAUUCAGCAAGAAUGCAUUAAAUUGCAUUAAAUGGCUGCCUUAGUAAGCAUAAGAUAGUUAUUUAAAAUAAUAUUAAUAAAAUAAAAUUAAAAUGCUUUAAAAUAAUAAUUAAAUAAAAUGUAAUUAAAAAAUAAUAAAAUAAAAAAUUCAGCCCCCAACUUUAACUUAAAUAAACUUCAGAACAUAUUUCAGUGCAUCCCGUUCAGAGAAAUCAGCGGCAAAGUUCCUGCCGCUGCUCUCUGCUGUCAUAAAAGCGCUUGAAUAUUAUAUUUAUUUCUAAAUUUAGAUAAUAUUUUUUUGGUGGACCCAGUGGUGCCAUUAUCAGGAGUGAAAUUUUUGUGUUAAUAGUUUGAGCAUAUGACAGUAAUGUUAGUUUUGAACAUAAACUUAAUACUUCAUAACAUAUUACUUGUUUAAUACAUUUCUAUGCUAAUUAAGUAGGUCAUCCAUUUUCACGGCAGAUUUACAGGGUUUCAGACAGUUAAGGAGGUGUCUUUGUCUACACAUCAAAACACGGGUUUAACAUUUAUAUUUUUGGAUGGUGCAAAGAGAACACAUUUUGUUUAUUAUAUUUUAUAAUAUAUUUUUUAUAAUACACAUAUUUUUUUCUGUAUUGUGAUUU